AUGUCAAAAUCAUCUCAUAUUAAGGUAACGUCAUAUACAGACGAACCAGUAGCAGCUGUUGGAUCUUUUUUUAAUGGUUUAUCAGUACCACCUUCAACUAAAUUUAAUGUAUACCAACACAAAAAGAAACAAGAUUUUAUAAUACAUGGAGAAAGUGAACAUUUAAAUUAUGAUGGAGAUUCUCAAAAUAAUGAUAAUGAUUAUGUAUUGGCAGUCUAUGAUCCAAACACCAAAUCUGUUGAAUUAUAUAAAACUCCAUACUUACCAACGAAAGUAUCAGCUAAAAAAAAUAGAGUAUAUAAAGGACCAUCAGUAAAAUCAGUUGGUUUAAAAAAUAAUGUACAACGUAAUGCAUUGGGUGAAGCUUUUGGUACCAAAAAAGCAAAACAAGCAAUCACAAACUUGGAGAAGAACAGAAUUGAUUCAGAAAAAUUGCAAGAUUUAGAAUUAGAUAUAGUGGAUACUGUACAAGAAUCUACUGCACCAAUAACUACUGAGACACAAACUUUCAGUAUAAUGCCUAAACCAAAUGUUUCAGCUACUAAUGUUGAAGAUGUGUAUCCUAUCAAGAAAAUCAUACCAGAAAAAGAUUGGAGUUAUAUACGUGUACAACCAUUAUUAACGGAUUCAAAUCCAUUGGAACAAUUACCAUCACAACCAGAAUUUGUUAAAUCAAGAAUUUCAAGAUUAAUUGAACAAGAAAAUAUCGAAAAAUUACAAAUACUUUAUUAUGCAUCAUUACUAUUUGGAGUUUAUGAAAAUAGAAGAGUGUCAAAUAAAAGUGCAUUAUUAACAAGAUUACAAAAUAAAGUAUCAGAAUCAUUAAUUGAUGGAAUAUUAAAUAGAUUUACAAUAAAUCGUGCAUCUAAUUUUGGUAGAUCAAAAGAUAGAGCAUUCACAAUUGAUCCAAAUAAUGAAGAUAAACUAUUAUGUUAUUUAAUUUUACUGCUUUUACAUUUAUCCAAUUUUACAGUUGAACUAAAUCCAUUAGCAAAAGAUUUAAAAUUAAAACCAACAAAAUUAGUAUCACUUUUUAGAGCUGUUGGGGCUACAAUUAAAAGUGCAACUGUUGCAGAAGCUGAAGCUUUGGGGAUACCGAAAAGUGCUGCUGGUACUUACAAAAUUGCAAAUUUAAAAGUUCCUUUCAAACUUCCGGAAUUAACAAGAAAAGGAAAAAGUUUAAAAAGAUAA